CGGCCACCGCCCCGCCCGCACCUGGCGCAUGCGCACAGCUCCAUAUGGCUCCAAGAUGGCUGACACAGCGUCCGGGGGCUCCGGCACGAGGGGCAGCAAGCAGGCUGGCACCCCCGCAGACAAUUACCAGCUGGCGCGGCGCCGCACGCUGCAGGUCGUUGUGAGCUCGCUGCUGACCGAGGCCGGCUUCGAGAGCGCCGAGAAGGCGGCGGUGGAGACGCUCACCGAGAUGAUCCAGAGCUACAUCUCAGAAAUUGGGAGGAGUGCCAAAUCCUACUGCGAGCACACGGCCAGGACCCAGCCCACGCUCUCAGACCUCGUGGUGACCCUGGUGGAGAUGGGCUUCAACGUGGAAACCCUUCCUGCCUACGCCAAGCGCUCCCAGAGGAUGGUGAUCACUGCCCCUCCAGUGACAAACCAGCCUGUGACCCCCAAAGCCCUGACAGCUGGGCAGAACAAGCCUCACCCUCCCCACAUUCCCGGCCAUUUCCCAGAGUUCCCAGAUCCUCACACCUACAUCAAGACCCCAACGUACCGGGAGCCGGUGUCCGAUUACCAGGUGCUGCGGGAGAAGGCGGCCUCGCAGCGCCGGGACGUGGAGAGAGCCCUCACCCGCUUCAUGGCCAAGACUGGCGAGACCCAGAGCCUCUUCAAGGACGAUGUCAGCACCUUCCCGUUGAUUGCUGCCAGGCCCUUCACGGUGCCCUACCUGACAGCUCUGCUGCCCUCUGAGCUGGAGAUGCAGCAGAUGGAGGAGACGGAUUCCUCGGAGCAGGACGAGCAGACGGACACCGAGAACCUCCCGUUGCACCUGAGCACGGAGGAUGCAGGGCCCGAGAAGGAGAACAGCUCUGUGCUGCAGCAGAGCAGCUCCCUGGCGGGCAGCAGGAACGGCGAGGAGAACGUCAUCGACAACCCCUACCUGAGGCCCGUCAAGAAACCCAAAAUCCGCAGGAAGAAGUGAGGGGGGACCCCCAAAAUUCCCCUGGGAGCCUCCCCCGGGGCUCAGCAGAGGCAGCCGGGCCCAGGAGGGGUCUCUGUGCCUGGUGGGUGCACUCCCACCCUGCUCACUCUGCUCCAGGGCUCCAGGAGAACUCCUGGGAUGCUCUGGGGGCUUCGGGUCCCGCUCUGGGGGGAUUGAAUUCCUGAGGAGCUGGGAGAGCCGGGGCUGGAGCUGGAUUUGGGGCACACAGGGGCUGGAUUUCGAGGACCAAGGGGUUGGAUGUGGAUUUGGAGAACCCAGGAUUUGGAUUUGGAGCACCCAGGGGUUGGAUUUGGAUUUGGAUUUGGAUUUGGAGCACCCAGGGGUUGGAUUUGGAGCACCCAGGGGUUGGAUUUGGGGGACAUAGGGACUGGAUUUGGAUUUGGAGAAUCCAAGGUUGGAUUUAGAGGACCAAGGGGUUGGAUUUGGAUUUAGAGGACCAAGGGGUUGGAUUUGGGUUUGGAGAACCCUGGGUUGAAUUUGAAUUUGGAGGACACAGGGUUGGAUUUGGAUUUGGAUUUGGAUUUGGAGCACCCAGGGGUUGGAUUUGGAUUUGGAUUUGGAGAACCCAGGAUUUGGAUUUGGAUUUGGAGAACCCAGGAUUUGGAUUUGGAUUUGGAGCACCCAGGAUUUGGAUUUGGGGGACAUAGGGGCUGGAUUUGGAUUUGGAGAAUCCAAGGUUGGAUUUAGAGGACCAAGGGGUUGGAUUUGGAUUUGGAGAACCCAGGGUUGAAUUUGAAUUUGGAGGACACAGGGUUGGAUUUGGAGAAUCCAGGGGUUGGAUUUGGGUUUGGGUUUGGAGGACCAAGGGGUUGGAUGUGGAUUUGGAGAACCCAGGAUUUGGAUUUGGAGCACCUAGGGGUUGGAUUUGGAUUUGGAGCACCCAGGAUUUGGAUUUGGAGCACCCAGGAUUUGGAUUUGGAGAACCCAGGAUUUGGAUUUGGAGAACCCAGGGGUUGGAUUUGGAUUUGGAGAACCCAGGAUUUGGAUUUGGAUUUGGAUUUGGAGCACCCAGGGGUUGGAUUUGGGGGACAUAGGGGCUGGAUUUGGAUUUGGAGAAUCCAAGGUUGGAUUUAGAGGACCAAGGGGUUGGAUUUGGGUUUGGAGAACCCAGGGCUGAAUUUGAAUUUGGAGGACACAGGGUUGGGUUUGGAUUUGGAGGACACAGGGUUGGAUUUGGAGCACUCAAGGGUUGGAUUUGGAGGACACAAGAGCUGGAGCUGAGGGACCCAGGGGUUGGAGGGACACAGGGAUUGGAUUUGGAGGACACAGAGUUGGAUUUGGAGAAUCCAGGGGUUGGAUUUGGGUUUGGGUUUGGAGGACCAAGGGGUUGGAUUUGGAUUUGGAGGACCCAGCCUUUAUUUCCUUUAUUUCCUCCCUUUAUUUAACCCCUUUAUUCCCUUUAUUUCACCUCUUUAUUUCCUUUAUUUCACCCUUUUAUUCCCUUUUUCACCCCUUAAUUUCCUUUCUUUCCUCUCUUUAUUCCCCCCUUUAUUCCCUUUAUUUCCCCCCCUUUUCCCCCCUUUAUUCCCCCCCUUUAUUCCCUUUAUUUUAUCCCUUUAUUUCCUUUAUUUCCCCCCUUUCCCCCCCUUUAUUCCCUUUAUUUUAUCCCUUUAUUCCCUUUAUUUUCCCCCUUUUUCCCCCCUUUAUUCCCUUUAUUUCCCCCCUUUAUUCCCUUUAUUUCCCCCCUUUAUUCCCUUUAUUUCCCCCCCUUUAUUCCCUUUAUUUUCCCCCUUCCCCCCUCCUUUAUUCCCUUUAUUUUAUCCCUUUAUUCCCUUUAUUUUAUCCCUUUAUUCCCUUUAUUUCCCCCCUUUAUUCCCUUUUUUCCCCCCCUUUUCCCCCCUUUAUUCCCUUUAUUUCCCCCCUUCAUUCCCUUUAUUUUAUCCCUUUAUUCCCUUUAUUUCCCCCCUUUAUUCCCUUUUUUCCCCCCUUUUUCCCCCCUUUAUUCCCUUUAUUUUAUCCCUUUAUUCCCUUUAUUUUAUCCCUUUAUUCCCUUUAUUUCCCCCCUUUAUUCCCUUUUUUCCCCCCUUUUUCCCCCCUUUAUUCCCUUUAUUUUAUCCCUUUAUUCCCUUUAUUUCCCCCCUUUCCCCCCCUUUAUUCCCUUUAUUUUAUCCCUUUAUUCCCUUUAUUUCCCCCCUUUUUCCCCCCUUUAUUCCCUUUUUUUCCCCUUCAUUCCCGUGCCCCUGUUGUCAUUUUUUGCUCUUUCUGGAGAACUUUGCUUUCAUUUCCCUUCACCAUUUUCUAAGCUAAAAUAAAGAAGAAAAAUCUUUUUUUUUGGGGGGGUUAAAGAAAACCAAAAAAUCUUUUCUUUGGUCUCCUUGGAAAACCCAUUUGGGUUUUCUUUGACCCCAAAUUUGGGGGUUUAAAUUUAAAUUAAAAAAGCUUUUUUUCAAUGAUUUCCUGCCCCCAAAAAAAUCUAAAAAUUAAAGAAUUCAAUCCCAAAUCCCCCUGGGUGUGCCACUGUCCCUCCUGCUGGUGCCUUGCUUGUACAGAACUCCUGUAAAUGUCUGUAAAUAUCCCAAAUUUUACCUUUUUUAACGUUUCUUUUUUUGUUUCAUGCAAGGAGAAAAAUCCCUCGCUGGGGAGGGGAAAAUAAAAAAAAGGUGAAAGGAAAAUUGGAGUUUUUAUGUUGAUAAUAAAAGGAAUUUUAUGUCUUUACAAUUAAA